AUGAUAAACCAUCAAGACUCGUUUUCACUAGACUCUCCAAUUGACUCCAUCGAAGACGCAAGGAUUAGUUUACCUGACUCACCUAGAUUAAUCCAAGAUCUUGGUCUCUCACGUCUUAAAGUUCCUGGCUCACCAAGAGCGUUCGUGCAUCCGAGGGCAUCUGGCUCACCGCGUUUUGGGUCACCCACGAGUCCUGUUUUGAUCGAUACUGCUGCACCGUUCGAAUCGGUCAAAGAAGCAGUUUCCAAGUUUGGUGGGAUCACAGAUUGGAAAGCUCAUAAAAUCCAAACAAUAGAGUUUGAAAUUUGUGAUGGAUUUUAUGAUCGUCUCCAGAGACGUAAGACGGUGGAUCAAGAGCUUGAGAAAAUACAAGAGGACAUGCCUGAGUACAAAAAACAAGCGGUUGUAGCGGAAGAGGCAAAGCAGCAGGUGGUGAUGGAGCUUGAGAGGACAAGAAGUGUCGUGGAAGAGCUAAAGCUCGUGCUAGAGAAGGCCGAGAAAGAGGAGCAACAAGCGAAACAAGACUCUGAUCUCGCGAAGCUGCGUGUGGAGGAAAUGGAGCAAGGAAUAGCCGAUGAUGCGAGUGUCGCGGCCAAAACACAGCUCGAGGUUGCUAAAACGAGGCAAUUAUCAGCGGUUUCCGAGCUAGGGAACGUAAGAGAAGAGAUAGAAAUGGUCUCUCAAGAGUAUGAAUCUCUGUUGAAGGAAAAAGAAUCGGCUGCGAAGAAAGCAGAGGACUCUGUUUUGGAAGCUAAAGAUCUAGAGAAACAGAUGACAGGUUUGACAAUAGAGAUGAUUGCCACAAAGGAGUUGUUGGAGUCAGCGCACGCGGCUCAUCUCGAAGCUGAAGAAAAGAAACUUGAGGCAGCCAUGGCUCGUGACCAUGACUUUUAUAACCGGGAGAAGGAACUGAAAAUGGUUGAAGACGAUAUCGAGAGGCUUAGACAAGAGAUUAAUGCGGCUGAUGAUGUGAAAAUAAAACUAGAGAGUGCUUCUGUACUACAGCAAGAUUUGAAAGCCGAAAUAGCAGCUUACAACGACUCAAACGAUAAGGGAAAGAGAAACAACAGUGACAUACAAGCAGCGGUUGAUUCCGCGAGGAAGGAGCUUGAAGAAGUUAAAGCAAACAUCGAGAAAGCGGUUUCCGAGGUGAAAACAUUGAAGAUAAUCGUUGGGUCAUUGCAGUCUGAACUUGAAAGAGAGAAGAAAGAUCUCUCAGAAACGAAACAGAGAGAAGCUAGUUCGAUUCAGAGAAACAGCGAAGAAGCAAGAGAGGAGAGAUGCGCAGAGAUAGCCAAGAAGUUGCAAGAAGCGAGCAGAGAAGCAGAGGAGGCGAAGUCACUUGCUUUAGCUACUGGAGAGGAGCUGAGAAAGGCGAAGGAAGAGUCAGAUCAAGCGAAAACAGGAUUCUCUGCAAUAGAAAGUCAGUUAAUCGAAGCAAAAAUGGUAAUGGAAGCUGCGAAAGCUUCUGAGAAGUUGGCUUUAGCUGCCAUAAAAGCGUUGCAAGAAACACAAUGUGCUAAUAAGAUUGAGGAUAUUAGUAGCUCACCAAGAAACAUAAUAAUAUCUGUGGAGGAGUAUUAUGAGCUAAGCAAGCAAGCACAUGAGGUAGAGGAGGCAGCCAACAGAAAACUAGCGGAGAUCGUUUCUCAAAUUGAGGUGGCUAAGGAAGAAGAAUCAAGAAUCUUGGAGAAUCUUGAGGAAGUGAACAGAGAAACAUUUUCAAGAAAGGAAGAGUUAAAAGAAGCAAUGAGGAAAGUCGAAAAGGCUAGAGAUGGGAAGGUUGGUAUGGAUCAUGAGUUGCGAAAAUGGAGCUCCGAAAAUGGAAAUAGGAGCCCCGAAGGAGGUAAAAAGGAGAAUCAUGACUUAAGCAAGUCGAAAUCGGCUUUACAUUCAGCAAGAUCAUUUGCAUUUGGUGAACAAGGAAGCAGCAACGUUGGAGAAAGUAGUAAUGUGGUGACACCUGAAACAAAGAAGAAAAAGAAGAGGUUUUCUUUGCUUCCUAAAGUCUUCAUGUUCUUGUCAAGGAAGAAACCAAACAAGUGA